AUGCGGUUCCGGCCCGACACUUGCCUCGCCAAGGUUGUCCCUGCCAGUCGCCAUUUCGUCGAGCAGGUGGCGGGCGCACUGGCGCGGAACGAGCGCCCCACUGGUGGCGUCGCAAGACAGUGGCGGCGGAGCAGGUUUCUGUUCUUGGUCCUAUCAUCUGUUGAAACUGCUGAUGUCCUGCUGCUUUUCUGUCAAGAGUUCAGAUACGGUCGACUGUGUCAAGGACUCAAGGCUAAGAUUGAGGAGAAGGAACUCAUACCUCCAGAUGAACAGAAACUCGUCUUUGGCAACGAGGUGCUCGAGGAUGGCUGCACUACCCUGGCAGACCUUACCAUUCAGCAUGAGUCCACCCUACACCUUGUUCUCCGCCUGCUGUCACCAGGGAUGCAUAUCUCUGUCAAGACUCUGAUUGGCACUCACAUCAAUCUCGAGGUUCUGAGCUCAUAUACCAUCUCUCAUCUCAGGGUGAUGAUCCAGAACUGGAUGGGCUAUCAUCGGGACGACCAGAGAAUCGUCUUUGACGGAAAGCAGCUAGAGACUGGACACAGCCUGUCCGACUGCAACAUUCAAAAUGGGUCUACCAUUCAUGUUGUGUGCCCCUUUGGACAGCCAAGGACAAUGUGUAUCCGAACACUGCGGGAUGACACAAUCAGUCUUAAGUUUGCAAGCUUAGAUAUCACCAUUUAG